AUGCCCGCCAUCGGCCCCUCCCUGCUCUUCGCUGCCGGCCUCACCCUCGGCGUCGGUGCCGGCGUCCUCUACCCCAAGCAGUCCCAGGGCGCAGUCCCGCUGCCUCCAGCUCCCCCCGAGGGCGCCCUGCGAGGAGUCUCGGAGGCCAAAGAGAGCAGGGCCCUCAUACCCACAGCGGGCGGCAUUGUCGGGCCUCUGCAGCAUGGCUUCCCUGGUCCUACGCCAGACAUCCUCAAACGUGUCGCGUACACGGCAGCUUACGACCGUCGCCUUCGACACCCCGCCUGGACUGCCGAGCACCUUACUGCCACGUCUCUUGCCAAAAAGCCUCCUCCUCAAGCCAGUACGAACCCUGUACCCCUUGAUGUUGCACGUGCGGCAGAUGUUGCCCCCCCGGUCAAGGUCGACAGAUCAAAGAGUGUGUUCAAGGAGGAUGAGGGGAUUCCCGAGAUGUUCAGGGCCAAGCUGGGAGAUUACUUCCGAAGUGGUUAUGACAGGGGUCACAUGGUGCCCGCUGCUGACGCCAAAAUCUCUCAACAAGCCAUGGACGAGACAUUCUACCUUUCCAACAUUGCUCCUCAAGUAGGCGAUGGAUUCAACAGACACUACUGGGCGUACACGGAAGACUUUUGCCGACGGUUGACUUCCAACUUUGAGGACGUCUACGUGUUUACUAUACCUCUGUAUCUGCCAGAGAAGCAGAAUGAUGGAAAAUGGCGUGUGUCUUACGAAGUUAUCGGCAACCCUCCUUCCGUCUCUGUGCCCACCCACUUUGCCAAAGUCAUCCUCGCCUCCCGCCCCGACUUUGCUUAUCCUCAAAAGCCCGCCCCUAACUCGCUCGUCCCUGCGACUUCCCCUUCUACUGUCAAAGAACUCGCCCUGGGCGCGUUUGUCUUGCCAAACAAAGAGAUUCCCGAUGGUGCCGACUUGAGAAGCUUUAUCGUUCCGGUCGAGAGCGUGGAGAAGGCUGCCGGCUUGAGGCUGUUUGGCGAAGAGGUAAAGGCCAAGACCAAGCAGCUGUGUGCGGUCACUCAGUGCCAGGUGAUUGUGAGGAGGUUUGACGAUGCAAAGAAGCAGUUUGGUGGUAAAAAGUAG